AUGAAAAAUGUACGUCAAAUAACUCUGACGACAGUAAAGGGCUUGUGUACAUUUAUAUCAAUUAAACCGUCAUACUCGCCACGACAUAAAAAAACUAAAAUGAGAAAUGCUCGUAUACAAACCGAGUUAACAUCAAUCGGACACAAUGAUGAAGCUAUGCAUUAUCGUCGAAAUCCUGACAGGACACCUGUUCAGAUCUUGACUGAUCUAUCGUACAACACAAACGUAGUACAUAAGAACACACACGAAAGAGAAACUCUUAUUCAAAAUGAAGAAAUUAUAGCAAUGGAAUUAUUGCACGACGCAUAUAAUACUGGUAUCGAAUCAGCACGUGGCAAUCAGCGCAUGGUAGAAACUACCCCAGUAACACAACUAAAUCAUACAGUCGCAGCCGAACCAACCGAUCUUCCAACAGAACCCAUUCUCGAGUAUGCCGACGAACCACUCCUACCACUAGCUGAAGCAUGUGCUCCUCUCGACACCAUACUACACAAUCUUUCCUAUUACGUUCAGCUAGCUUUGGAAGAAACACCUCAAGAACCGCCCGAUCAUCUCACCAUCGACGAAAGUGCUGCUAUUCGCUUGUACACUAUCGAAUGGGAUCGACCACAUCGAAGUCUCUAUUCCAUGCUCAACUACACUCUCAAAAAUGAGAACAGAGAAAAACUCCGACCAUACUUCAGGUACAUGAAACUCUUCAUCACCGCUCUUGUCAAACUACCCUGUGUGCCACCACUCACUGUUUGGCGAGGUGUCACAAAAGAUUUGAGUCAAGAGUUUCCACCUGGCACUCCUGUCACCUGGUGGGCCUUCUCAUCCUGUACAACCGAACUGACUGUUCUCGAAAAUAACAUGUAUCUCGGCAACAGUGGAAGUCGAACACUGUUCUCCGUCGAAGUCAUCAAUGGUCGAACAGUUCGUGCACAUUCACAUUUCGUCACCGAAGACGAACUUCUUCUUCUACCUGGCACACACAUGAUAGUUCAGUCACUGUUCAGUCCAGCACCUCAACUACACAUCAUUCACUUGAAACAAGUCAUUCCUGACGAACCUCUUCUCAAGCCACCAUACGAAGGUGCACUGAUAUUUCCGAAAGUGAAAAAGUCUUGGUACAAACAGAAGCGAUUUGUGAUUCCAGUAUGUUUGCUGUUGACUUUGGCUAUCACAGGUGCUGUGAUUGGUGGUGUUUUAGGAACGCGAUCAACAGCAGCUUCAACGAUAAUAGGUCCUAUGUUUCAAUCAUGUAAACUAGUUUAUGCACAAGGUGCCAGCUUAUAUGCCACCGGCCGUAAUCCAGUCGCUGCCGCAACAGGUGACUUCGAUAAUGAUACAAAUUUGGAUAUUGCAAUUGUGAACCAACAAGAUGAUAAUGUAGUUAUACUGUUCGGCAGUAGAUCGGGAAGUUUUCAAGCUCAGUCCACUAUCUUUACAAGCAGCGAUCCGACUUAUGUGGUUAUGUAUGACUUGAAUAAGGAUAAAAAGAACGAUCUAAUAAUGACUAGCCAAGCAGAUAAUACUGUCAAUGUUCAACUUAGCAAAGGCGAUGGAACCUUUCAAUCCGAGAAAUCUUAUUCGGUUGGUCAAACUCCAGUUUUCAUCGAGAUAGCUGAUUUCAAUUUCGAUAAUAUACCAGAUUUGGUAGUGGCAAAUCAAGGAGAGCAAUCGAUCAGCGUGCUACUGGGGUCUGGAUAUGGUGUUUUUCGUACCCAGGUGAAAUACACUUGUGGAACCCUACCCAGUGCCAUCGCCACGGGCGAUUUUAACAAUGAUGGUAUGGUGGAUAUAGCAGUGGCGAAUACCGCUGAUUCUUUCGUCAGUAUUUUCAUUAGCCUAGGGAACGGAACAUUCAAUUCACAACUGCAAGUUCAGAUCACUAGUGGUCUAAGAAAUCUGGUGGCCUAUAGUGUUAACAAUGAUACAAAUCUGGAUUUAGUUGUGACCGAUAGUGACAAUAAAAGUAUUCGUAUACUAUAUGGCUAUGGAAAUGGAUCUUUUGUCAUAGCAAACAGUUAUGCUGUCUCUAAUACGCCCUAUUCGAUGAUAUAUGAAGAUUUUGAUGACGAUAGUUGUAUGGAUAUUGCAGUGACUAACUUCUUUGACAACACUAUCACUGUGCUUCUUGGCAGUGCUAAUGGAACAUUCAAAAGUCAAGCAACGUAUCGUGUCGGUACUAGUCCAAGCGCCCUGGCAUCUGCUGAUUUUAACAAUGAUAAAUAUCCAGACAUAGUUGUUACUAACUACAGAGAGAACAGUAUUAGCAUCUUGAUAAAUUAUCGAAAUGGAACAUUUCAACCGCAAAUUACUUAUAAUGUUGGCACACUCCCAGUUAGCGUUGUCGCAGGUAUGUGCGAUAGCGACAGUUACAUUGAUAUUGUUGUUCUCAACUACGGCGAUGACAGCCUUAGUCUUCUUGUUGGCAGUGUUAAUGGAACAUUUCCUUCAUAUCCAAAAUAUCCAGUCGGAUUACAACCUAGUUACAUCAUAUCGAAUGACUUCAACAAUGAUUCUAUAUUAGAUAUGGCGGUGGCAAACUUUGGCGCCGAUAGUAUGAGCAUUUUACUUGGUCUUGGCUCUGGAAUGUUUCCUAAAUUCGUCGGCUAUCCAACAGACAGCCCUCCUAUAUCAGUUAUAUCAGGUUAUUUCGGCAGAGAUCCAUUUUUAGAUCUAGUUGUACUUACUUCAGCCGGAACUGUUGUCAUGUUUCAAGGAAACGGGAACGCUGUGUUUGGACAAAGAGGAUCCUAUACGUUCGCUACAACUCCUGACGCCAUGGUAUCUGGUGACUUCACUGGUGAUAAUCUUACAGAUAUAGCAACAGUGUCGUCCACUAAAAGUUUCAUCACCAUCGCUGUCAGUAGUGAUAAUAAUCCAUUCAACGCUUUGGUCUCAUAUAGCAUUCCAACUGCCGCAUGUGCCAUCACCACAAACUAUUUCAACAGCGACAAUCUACUAGAUCUCGCAGUCACCAGCUGCGACAACAGUACUAUAUACGUUCUUCUUGCCAGUGCACUUGGCACAUUUUCAUCGCCGAUUUCAUAUUCUGUUAGUAGUAGGUCGACCUCGAUUAUAUCUACUUAUAUUGACAAUGACAAAGUCUUUGACUUAGUUGUUGCCAACAGUGCCAACAAUACCGUUAGUCUACUCCUCGGAAAUUCUGACGGAACUUUUCAAGAUCAGAAAACGUAUGCAGUUGGGACGACGCCAAACUUCAUUGCAUCGAACGAUUUCAAUAACGACAGUUUUCAAGAUAUAGUCGUUGUCAACACGGGAAGCAAUUCUGUUAGCGUCUUGUUGAAUGAUAAAAGUGGAUCGUUCAAAACUCAAACAAAAUAUUCAGUUGGCACUUCUCCAUCAUGUGUGACGACUGGUGACUUCAACUUUGAUAAAAUAGUCGAUUUAAUUGUAACAAACUCUGGAGACAAUUCAUUCGCACUUUUAAUUGGUUCCGGAGAUGGAACUUUUGUGGUACAUUCAAAGUACCUUGCCGGCUAUCAGCCUACUUCUGUCAUAUCGAAUGAUUUUAACAACGAUUCAUUACUUGAUUUAGCAAUUGUGGCUCAAUCUAGCAGUGCUCUUGUUAUAUUUGCUGGAGAUGCCAAAUUCAUCUUUCAAGCACAACGUCUGUACUCAACUGGCAGUCAGCCGGCUUUUGUUCUAGCAAACGAUUUCAAUAAUGAUAAGAUCCUCGAUCUUGCUGUAGCUAACUCAGCUGGUGUUACUGUUACUAUCUUACUGGGCAAAGGAGAUGGUUAUUUUGCUUCGUCGAUAACCUCAAUAUUGGGAAAUCAGCCGAUUGCGUUAGCAGCGAACGACUUCAACCGGGACACAUAUGUAGAUCUCGCUGUUGUGAAUCGAAACGGCAAUAGCGUCAGCGUGUGGUUAGGAUCCGGAAAUGGAACGUUUACGUUGAGCCAAACCUACAAAGUUGGUUCAUAUCCCGUAUUUGUUACAACGAAUGAUUUCAACAGCGAUACUUUCUUUGAUUUGGCUGUGAUCAAUCAGAAUCAAAGUAAUUUCAACAUUCUGCUUGGAUAUGGUAAUGGAACAUUCCGUUUGUCUUCUACUAAUUACACGGUUGGUAGUAGUCCGACAUCGAUCAUAUCGUAUGACUUGAAUAACGACACAUAUAUUGAUUUAGCGGUAACGAAUUACGUUGAUAACAAUAUUAACGUCUUUCUGGGCAAUGGUAGUGGAAGUUUCGAGAACGGUAUGAGUCUUACAACUGGCAGUGAUCCUAGCCUAGUCCUAGCAAAUGAUUUGAAUAGUGAUAAGCUGUUAGAUCUAGUUGCAGUUAACACACUUGAUUCGACAGUGUCUGUAUUCCCGAAUACAUGUCAAGCUGCAAGUUCAAUGGCGAUUGGUCCGACAGGAUAG